CUGCUCUCCCCACUCAUCGAAAGCGACCUCUCAUCUGUUAUUGCUUACCUUCUACUUCUCGCUUCGCAUCCAUUCCCCGAUCUCAUUCCCUUAGCUUCCUUCUCCGGUUGCAGUCGGGAGCCAUGGACGCGUCUGGAUCGAGCUCGGAAGCUCCUCUGGGGAGGCUGCAGAAGCCCGGCCCUUGGCCGCACAGGAUCGAGCCUUUCGUCCCCAGGACGGACCACAACCCCCGGGAGCUCAAGUCCUGGGCCAGGCGCACCGGCUUCGAUCCAAAUCUUUCUGGGGAGACCUCCAGCGUCAUCAGCGACCGGGACACCGCCGACGAGCCGCAGGUUCCCGCGAGGUUGGAUUUGGAGAAUGGCAUUCGACGACGCGGGGAUGCGUUUCCCAGAAAGGCCGAGAUCGAACCAGCGAUGGGCCGGGGGAGGAUCGGAGCGGAGGACAGGGGGGUCGAGAUCGGCCCCGCGCCGGCGAAGGUUGAGAAGGAAAAGAGGAAAGUUACGGUCGAGCCGUUGGGAGUCGGGAUUAAGAAUGAGAGAAGGGAGGUUGGGAAUGAGCUUCUUUUGAGAGUUAAGAGUGAUGAGCCGGUGCGUAAUGGACACGAUAACGGCGCUGCGCCAGUGUUUUCUGUAAAAGCCGACGAAGAUCCAAAGGCGGAAGCACGAAAAGAUGAAAGGGGAGUAGAGAUCGACUUUUCUUCGGACGAUCAGGAGCCUGAGGAUCCAUCAGGAUACAAGCAGCCGUCAGAUUUUCGAUCUACUGUUACCGACAACCCUGGCAUUACGCUCCUGAUGCUUUAUGGAAUACAACAUUACUUAUCCUUGGCUGGUUCUCUUGUAUUCACCCCUUUGAUCAUGGUACCAGCCAUGGGCGGUACUGAUGAGGAGACAGCUGCUGUCAUUUCUACAAUGCUAUUAGUUUCUGGCGUUACAACAAUAAUGCAUUCUUAUUUUGGUAGUAGGCUUCCACUUGUCCAGGGCAGCUCCUUUGUGUAUCUGGCUCCUGCUUUAGUAAUCAUUAAUUCAGAGGAGUACAGAAAUCUUAAUGAAAAUAAGUUUAAGCAUAUAAUGAGAGAAUUGCAAGGGGCUGUAGUUGUUGGUUCAGUUUUCCAAGCUGUUUUGGGAUAUAGUGGCCUCAUGUCACUUCUUCUAAGGUUAAUAAAUCCAGUAGUAGUUGCUCCAACAGUGGCUGCAGUAGGAUUGGCAUAUUUCAGCUAUGCAUUUCCUCAAGCUGGAAAUUGUGUGGAGAUUAGCAUUCCUUUGAUUUUAUUGAUUCUUAUUUUUACACUGUACCUCAGACGAUUAUCUUUAUUUGGGAACCAUUUAUUCUUAAUUUAUGCGGUUCCAUUUUGUGUUGCCAUUGUAUGGGCAUAUGCAUUCUUUCUGACAGCAGGAGGAGUUUACAACUACAAGGGUUGCAAUUCAAAUGUGCCAAGUUCUAACAUUUUAACAGAUGGAUGUAGAAAACAUGUGACUAUAAUGAAGCAUUGUCGAACUGAUGUUUCUAAUGCCUGGAAAACAGCUGCUUGGGUCAGGGUUCCUUAUCCAUUCCAGUGGGGCUCUCCCACCUUUCAUUUCAAGACAUCAUUUAUCAUGGUCAUUAUAUCACUUGUUGCAUCAGUUGACUCGAUUGGCUCAUACCAUGCCACAUCAUUAUUAGUGAACUUAAAGCCUCCAACUCCUGGAAUUGUCAGCAGGGGAAUAGGCAUGGAAGGGUUGGCAAGUAUACUAGCCGGACUAUGGGGAACUGGAACUGGAUCAGUGACACUGACUGAGAAUAUACACACUCUUGAUGCAACUAAAAUGGCUUCCCAAAAGGCACUGGAACUUGGAGCAGUACCAUUAAUUCUGUUCUCAUUUGUAGGAAAAGUUGGUGCUCUCCUAGCUUCUAUUCCGCUUGCUUUGGUUGCUUCUGUUCUAUGCUUUACAUGGGCUUUAAUAGUUGCACUUGGCCUUUCUACUUUGCAAUAUACUCAAACAAGAAGUUCAAGGAAUAUAAUCAUUGUUGGAUUCACCUUAUUUAUCUCUCUAUCAGUCCCUGCAUAUUUUCAACACUAUGAACCAAAUUCAAUUCUCAUUUUGCCAAGCUAUCUUUUGCCUUACGGAGCAGCAUCAAGUGGACCAGUCCAUACAAGCAGCGAGGGGUUCAAUUUUGCUCUGAAUGCUCUUUUAUCUCUUAACAUGGUGGUCGCACUCAUCGUGGCAUUCAUACUCGACAACACAGUUCCUGGUAGCAAGCAGGAAAGAGGGGUAUACAUAUGGUCAGACAGAGGUACACUAGACUUCGAUUCGGCUUCUCUUGAACCAUAUGCUUUGCCAGCAAAUGUUAGACCCUUGUUCAGAUGGGCUAAAUGGGUUGGUUAAUGACUUGAUAUCUGAGAAGUUUUAUCAGCCUUUCUCCGGGUAUCUCAUUACUCCAGAUUCUUACAACAUGAGCAUAUUUAUGCCGUUCUUCCAGACAAGCUGGGAAUGGAUAUGGAUUCUUGUUUCCUAAUACAAGACUAGCUGUUUGAACAACAAGUUUCACAUGACAGUUGUAAAUGAAAAAGGUUAAGACAAAAGAGAGAUUGAAAGCACGAUUGUAUUGAUUUUUAUCUAUGGUUUAUUUUUCAAAUUUUCUUUUUGUUCAAA